CCCCCAUCGCCCACCGCCGCCAUCAUGGAGCCCGCAGAGCCGGGGGGGGCCGCCCCUUUCGUGGAGAUCCUGGAGCAGCCGAAGCAGCGUGGGAUGCGCUUCAGGUACAAAUGCGAGGGGCGGUCGGCCGGGAGCAUCCCUGGGGAGCACAGCACUGACAGCGCCCGCACCCACCCCACCAUCAGGGUGAACCAUUACCGGGGUCCGGGCCGCGUCCGCGUCUCCCUGGUGACGAAGGACCCCCCCCACCGCCCCCACCCCCACGAGUUGGUGGGCCGCCAUUGCCAGCACGGCUACUAUGAGGCCGAGCUCAGCCCCGAGCGCUGCGUGCACAGCUUCCAGAAUUUGGGCAUUCAGUGCGUGAAGAAACGGGAGCUGGAGGCGGCGGUGGCCGAAAGGAUCCGCACCAAUAACAACCCCUUCAAUGUGCCGAUGGAGGAGCGCGGUGCCGAAUACGACCUGAGCGCGGUGCGGCUCUGCUUCCAGGUGUGGCUGCACAGCCCUGGGGGGCUCUGCCCACUGCCCCCCGUCCUCUCCCAGCCCAUCUACGACAACCGUGCCCCCAGCACAGCCGAGCUGCGCAUCUGCCGGGUGAACCGCAACUCCGGGAGCUGCCAGGGGGGGGAUGAGAUCUUCCUGCUGUGUGACAAAGUCCAGAAAGGUCGGUGUCCCCAAAAGUGUCCCCAUCUUGUCCCCAAAUGCAUCCCCAAACGUGUCCCCAACCCGUCCCCAAAUGUCCCCAACCCAUCCCCAGUUUUGUCCUCCAUUUGUUCUCUCAUGUGUCCCCAAUCUGUCCCCAAUUGAGACCCCAACCCAUCCCCAAUUGUGUCCCCAGUUGUGUCCCCAGUUGUGUCCCCAAUCUGUCCCCAGUUUUGCCCUCAAUCCAUCCCCAAUUGUGACCCCAACCCACCCCCAAAUGUUCCCCAGUUG